AUGGGCAGCAAAAGCCCAGAAGGGCAUCAACAAGGUCCUAGAAAACAUGGUUCGCCCGACUUCAAGCCAGCCCAGGUCAUUCCUGGCAGCAGCUUCAAGGGCUCUAGCGCAGCGGAUCUGGCCAGUGGCUCUGUGGGCGAUGAAGCCGGAGGUGACGACGAAGAAGAAGAAGGUGACGACACCGCCGGAUUGAAAGAUCUCGCCGCGGACACAACAGUAAAGAAAAGAAAAAAGCCCAAGAAGAAACGCAAGGCGCCCCAGCAGACCAGUCCUCCACGCACGCCAGUGUCUGAGCUGUUCAAGCUAAGCUAUCCCACUGGACAGCUCAGUCUAUAUGAGAACACUAGUCGCGUAACCGAUGAGGAAGCACGCUACACGUCACGGCUUUUCACCGAGGACUGCCUCUCUGACUAUCGCCAAGCAGCUGAGAUCCAUCGUCAGGUCCGCCAAUAUGCGCAGAAAGAGGUCAUCAAGCCCGGUGUGGCCAUGUCGACGAUCGCUGAGGCUAUCGAGGAAGGUAUCUACGCUCUCACUGGCCAUCCAGGACGUGACACUGGUGACUGCUUGAAAGCAGGACCGGGCUUCCCGACUGGACUUUGUCUGAACAAUGUGGCUGCUCACUGGACUCCAAAUCCUGGUGCCAAAGAGGUGAUUCUUCAGGAAAGUGAUGUGCUGUCUGUGGAUUUUGGCGUUCACGUCAACGGUAACAUUGUCGAUUCGGCUUUCACUGUGACGUUCGAUGAGACGUACGAUCCGUUGCUGAACGCUGUGAAGGAGGCUACCAACACUGGCAUUGCCUACGCCGGCAUUGACGCCAGGAUGAGUGAGAUUGGUGCCUCGAUCCAGGAACUGAUGGAGAGCUACGAAGUCGAAGUCAAAGGUAAGACUUUGCCCGUCAAAGCUGUGCGCGACCUCACUGGGCACAACAUUCUGCCUUAUCGCAUCCAUGGCGAGAAGCAAGUGCCGUUCGUAAAGAACAACAGCAGGCAGAAGAUGGAGAAAGGCGAUGUCUUUGCGAUCGAGACGUUGGGCAGCACGGGUACAGGCGUCAUGAUGGAUGAUGUCGGAGUAUACGGCUACUCUCGCAAUGAGGGCAUAAGUGCCAGCUCGGUUUCUUCCAGCUCUGCAAAGUCGUUGCUGAAGACGAUCGAUGGGAACUUCGCCACCAUCCCAUUUUCGCGUCGAUUCCUCGAGCGCUUGGGUGUAGAGAAGUAUCAUUUCGGGAUGAGACAUCUCGUCGAUGCUGGGGUUGUUGAGGAGUAUGCGCCGCUCGUGGACAGGAAAGGGUCCAUGGUAGCACAGUUUGAGCAUACGAUCCUGCUGCAUAGCGGUGGCAAGGAAGUCAUCAGUCGUGGCGAUGACUAUUGA